AUGUGGUUCAUCGUUUCUUCAUACUUGACAUCAGUGAAUCUGUUUUAUUGUAGUACUCAAGUGGUUGCCGCGACUGAGCAUGACGAAAGCAUGGAUGUUGUAAAUGAAACAUUGAGCCAGUUGGAACGUUCACCUUCCUGGGACAGCGCACACUCGGAUGAUUUAUUUGAUUCACAGGAACCGGACGAAUCGAUCAAAGAACGUCAAGUUCAUCCAGCGAAGGUAGCUUAA